UUUUGUAGAACACACAAGAUCGAAUUGAUCUUUAAGCCCAUGGCAAAAGAGAGGGGUUAUCCAGGAUCCAUUGAUUUUGAUCAACUCAAGGAACGCCUUGUACUCUUUAAGCAUGAUUUAGAAUCUAUUAUUGAUAGGCAAACACCGAGCUCAUUUUUAGAACUAGCUCAAAACGAAUUCAAGAACAAAGGCAUACAAGCAAGAAAUGCGAUUGAAGUGAUGAAGCGAUUUGAACAAACACUGCCUGGUUAUUAUGGACAUAAAGGAAGCAAUGCGAUGAUGGACACAUUGAGUGAUUUGUUCUUAAAGACAGGCUAUUUAGAUGACAAGAAAAGUGAGCCUCUUAAGCCGAUUGAAUUUGUUCAACAAGUAUUGGUGCCUGAAUGUGGUAUUCGUUUGAUUCAACAAGACUUACGCGUCUCAUUUGAAGAGGCCAAAAAGGUUAUGCGAGAAAGUGAAGAGUAUGGUAGCACAGUUUAUAGCUAA